AUGAAGGGCGUCCUGGAUGAGGACAUUGUUACUGUUUUCGGGGCAGAUAUACAUGCUGCAAUUACUAUAUGUAGCAUUAGAGCGGAAGAGUUGAGAGAAGGAGUUGGAAGAAAUAAUUGUGUAUCAAUUACCUUUUUAGAGAGGAGGGCUACAAUCGAUCUAAUAUUGAGCGUAUUAGAAGGUGUUAAAAUUUAG